AUAUAAUAUACAUGUACACAAUUAUGACAUAUAUAAUGUAAUUCCAAUGUAUAAAGGACUCUCUGUUUGUGAAAUAUCUUUAUAGAAUAUUAAAAAAUUGUUCAGUGUCGAACAAGUAAAACAAUAUGGAUUCAGCUGCUACGGAAUUGGAACAUAUAGAGAAACUGGCCAAAGAGGCAGAAUGUUUAAAGAUACGUUUGGAAGAUGAACGACAGAAAUUGAAUGAUAUCACACUUGCCAGUGUAGCUGAUAGACUCGAAGCAAUUAAUUGUAUAAAUGUAAAACCUAGACGUAUCCUAAAAGGACAUCAAGCCAAAGUUUUAUGUUCUGAUUGGUCUCCCGAUAAGCGCCAUAUUGUUUCUUCUUCACAGGAUGGAAGAAUGAUUAUAUGGGAUGCCUUUACUACAAAUAAAGAACAUGCUGUUAGUAUGCCAACUAGAUGGGUGAUGGCAUGUGCUUAUGGUCCUAGUGGCACUUUAGUUGCAUGCGGAGGUCUGGAUAAUAAAGUUACAGUGUAUACGUUAAGUUUAGAGGAAGAUGUUUCGGCUCAUAAGAAAACUGUCGGCACGCAUACAUCAUACAUGUCAUGCUGCGCGUUUCCUAACAGCGAUCAACAGAUUUUAACGGGUAGUGGGGACAGUACAUGUGGUUUAUGGGAUGUGGAAAGUGGACAAUUGUUACAGAGUUUUCAAGGACAUUCCAGUGAUGUCAUGUCCAUUGAUUUAGCACCGAGUGAAACUGGCAACACAUUUGUGUCAGGUGGUUGUGACAAAUUGGUCUUAAUUUGGGAUAUGCGCAGUGGUCAGUGCGUGCAAAGCUUUGAAGGGCAUCAAUCCGACGUUAACUCGGUGAGAUUUCAUCCAGGCGGCGAUGCGGUAGCAACAGGUUCGGACGAUGCUACUUGUCGCUUAUUCGAUUUACGCGCUGAUAAAGAAGUUGCGGUAUAUGCAAAAGAGAGUAUAAUAUUUGGAGCAAACGCAGUUGAUCUUAGUGUAAGUGGACGGUUGCUCUUUGCCGGAUACAAUGAUUAUACAGUGAACGUGUGGGAUACCUUAAAGUGCCAACGAGUGGCAUUAUUGUAUGGGCAUGAAAAUCGAGUUUCGUGUCUAAGAGUUUCCCCAGACGGUACUGCCCUAUCUACUGGAAGUUGGGACUCGACCUUACGAGUUUGGGCUUAAGAUUAUUACUAUUAUCUUAAAAAAUGUGUUGAGGUAACUCUUGCUGUACAGCACAUAGUUAAUAUAUUAUUUUAUUCUAUUUA